AAAUGCCUUCACUCCACUUGCACUGCUGUUGGACUCGCCGUCGUUGCUUUCAUCCGUCUGUCUGUCUAUUCUUUUGGUGCACUCAUCUGCUGUUCAACACGCAGUCUGCACCUCAUCUCCGCCCUCUAACCUUUGCUGAGCCCAUUUUGACCUAAUCUCUUUAUCAGUGUCAGCAGUUGUGGACUGGUGCCUCACCCAACUUGCCCUUCUUGUUUUUAAUAUUUUUUUUAAUCUCACUGAGAUAAAAAGUGGAAGCUUUGUGAGAGAAAACACGUUUAAUUUAAGGUAAGGCUUAUGUUCCCUAAGCUUUCAGACUGUUUCAUUGUACAGCCCUUGGUCAGACCUCUGCCUUUAGUGAUGAAAAAUAAAUAAGCUUGCGUAGAGGAUAAGGUAGAGUAUUUCUCAGGCAGCUAGUUUAGGGUGCAUUUUAUUUUCCUCCUCACCCCAAGCUUCAUAGAUCAGCUAAUCCCCCAAAUCAAUAUAAACGAUCAUGUGCAGAGUGUUGCACCAUAAUACUGCAGUAAAGGACAGAAGCAUACCCAAUGUCGAUGGGAGGGGAGGCGUUCACUGCAGCAAAUUCUGCAGUGUUUUCCUACACAAUGAAGUCAGGGGACAAGAUGUCCAUCAGGGACGAGACGACACACUCUAUCAGCCAUACAGCCUCUUAUUCUGUGCAUCUUGUGACAUGUCUAGGAGCUGCCAGGCAGGGGCAUCUUAUACACAGUGAUAGCAUGUUAAUGCAGCCUUUAAUGUUCCUGUUAUAGGUUGAUAAAGGCAGGCUGUCCCCAGUUCAGGCCCAGCACAGAUUCCUUUCUUAUCUCUUUCCACAGCGGAAGGGAUCUGACUGUCACACAGAGUAAGCACAGCAAAUACAUCCAUGAAAUGAACGGAGGGAAAAAAAUACCAAACCCCAACAAAAACAGGAAGUGAAACAGUUUAGCCUCUCUCCUGGGAGGCAAACAUGGGCCACAUGUUUUGGUUAUCUUUAUUCUAGUCAUCAAGAUGGUGGCAUUUCCCAGUUUUUAAAACUGACACACUUUUUUUUUCAUCCAGAAAUGUCAAAUAGGGUAAAGGAAGGCAACAGUUUGCUCUGAGAUACGUACAGUGAUUAACAAAACACCAAAUGUACCCCAAAUGAGACUUUGUCGGGGCGGAGAUGCAGUGUGUGCUGUGUGUGUGACUACCAACCCCUUCACAUGCACUAACCCAUUCAAGCCCAGCUCACCUCCACCACCCCAGAAACUCACCUCCACCAUGGCUCAGCCUGCUCUGUUCUGCCCCCCCCACCCUGUCCCGACCUCCUCUUUUAUCAAAGAGAACUAAUAGAGCCCUGUUGAGCCAUCACCUUCCUCUCUGUGCCUGAUCCACCCGAGACUAACACAGUUGGAGUUUUGUUAACCCACCCUCCACCCACAACCCGCCCCACCCCACUGUAUGUGUACCAUUCACAGUGCGCUACUAACACCGACGAUCCUUUUUGUUAAAUCUCUUUAACAAAAAGCUGCAUGCUGUUUUGUUCCAACCCCUUCACUUUCUGUUUGUGAAAGUUGAUGUCAAUCUCUUUGUGAUUAUAAAUAUCCUUUUUUGUUUGGUUUGUAUGUUUUUUAUUUUUUGGUAGAAUGCAGCACUCUGGUGAAUGUUAGACAAGCCUGGAAUAGUUAUAAUCACAACAGAAAAACACUGCUUAUUAAAAGAAAUCUCAUUGUUUCCUGUUUAUUUGUGCUUGAGGAUGUACUGUAGUGUGUAGUGGUGGGACGGUCUUGCAUUUCACUUAAUGUUUUUGUUUUCUUGCUGACCCAUACUAGUGAUAUAACAGUCUCAGACAUGCACAUUUGACCCCAGAGAGUGCUAGGAAUUCCUGCUGUGUAUGUUCUUGCACUCCUCACUUGCCUCUUUUAUUCAUUAUCAGUCACCUGGCCUUGUCCACAUUUAUACUGCUUGUAUACUUUUGGUCAUAGUACGGCUAGGUAUUGUUUAACAAAUUAGGAUACCGGUACUAAUAUCAGUAUCCUUAAAGUGAUACCAAUCGAGUCAAUCAUUCUGAUACCCAUAAUGUGAAUGGAGUGGCUUGCAGUAUAGACAUUAUUUUGAACAUUUUGAUGGCAUCUUGGCACGCUGAACCGGCAACUCUGUCAUAUACACACAGGACUUACCGUUAGCCUCACAGAGCUAAGGUUACCUAACGUUAAAUAACAGUUUUAACAGCAGAGUCGAGCCGGUGCAGUUCUGGUUUUGAGAUGAGUUUGUUGGGAGCAUUAAAAGGCACAGUGUAGGCUGUUGUGUUAGCUCGUGCUAAUUAACCAGGUAGACGUUGAAUUGACUGUUUGCCAGCAGGAGUGCGGCUGUGGAGAUGGCAGCAACAAAAAGUUUGCUGGACCAGCGGGGAGUGGGGAAGGUCUAGAAUCAGACACAAAAAAAAUGAUCAAAUGCAGUUAUCGUUUGACUGGAGAUGUUCAAUUCUAGCUACUUGGUUAUUUUGGUUGAAACCGAAAAGGUAUUAAGUAACAAUACCCAGCCCUAUAUCAUAGCAAUCAUUAGUAUUAAAAGCAAAAAACUUUAUCCACUUUAAAGUGGAUAGCGCGACUGCAGUUAUUUUAUCUUACUCUAGCUAAAAAUUAACUAGCAGUUUAUACAGGGCAUCUAUUCUAAAAUAUGUUUUAUAGUUUAUGAAUACUAAUGAUAUCUAUGAGACUGAUCAAAUCAGAGACACGCUGACAUCACAAAUUUGUGUCUAAUAAUGAUUUAAAACCGAAAGUGUGUACAUGGCUUCAGAACAGACCACUGAUAACAGACGAGAGGCUGGAGGUGUCCAAAAACAUGCACAACAGCUGUUUCUAGUGUAUCGAAUGGGGCAACAUGAACACAAUGUCUCCCUCUCUUCACCUGCACACCCACAUAUCCCCUCACACGUGCAUAUUCUGUCCACCCUGGGCCUUGUAAUGGUAAUCCAAGGCCCACUAGCUCCACUUCUGUCUCUUCCUCCUGCUGUAUUUUUUUGUGACAGCUGCAUACGUUUCAUGGUGCUCCCCCUUGUCAUGGUUACGGAAUCACAGCAAGCUUGGAGUUUCUGGUCUUCGUUUUGUUGAUGCAAGAUUUCCAUACCUGUUCUGUGUCACUUUUCUUUGUGUACUAAGAUCUUGCUCUGUAGUGGUUCAUAUAUGUAUGCGUGUGUGAUACAUAUAUUGCCCCCUCCUUCCUCCCACUCCUCUUCAACUUUUCAGUUAGUGGAUGUGACUUGAUGUGUUAUCUUUAUCAUCAAAAAAAAAAAAAAAAAUAGAAAUGCUCAUACCCAAUUGCUUUGCCUUAAAAAACUGCACACCUAUGGUAGGAGGGUAUCCUGUAGUUUACAGGCUACACAUAGCCUCAUGUAUUCAUCAUAGUGGAAAACCUACCCUUCCUCUCAGUCUCCCACCCUCUAUCUCCCCACCCCACCCCCAACUGCCCUUACCACUCCUUGUGCUGGAAGACACUGAUAUUACACGCUGUAGGUGAUGUGGAUGACGAUUAUGAUGAUGGUGAUGGUGGUGGUGGUUGUGCUGAUGAUGAUAGCGUGAUUUGAGUGUUUUAUUUUGUUUUGUUUGUUUUGAUCAGUACCCAACGGGGAAAAGCUCCUCUUAUUAUUGGAAUAUUUUUGGUUUUUUUCUCCUCUGUUCUCUCUGCUAGGAUAACAUCGGACACCGGCUGCUUCAGAAACAUGGCUGGAAGUUGGGGCAAGGUCUUGGCAAAACCAUGCAGGCGAUUUGAUCCUGCCCAUGUUGUGCUGAUGGUAAACUUAGUGGACGCACCGACCCUGUGCCCAUCAUCCUCAAAUAUGAUGUCAUGGGAAUGGGACGGAUGGAGAUGGAGCUGGACUAUGCAGAGGACGCCACAGAGAAGAGAAGAGUGCUCGAAGUGGAGAAAGAGGACACAGAAGAACUGCGGCAAAAAUACAAGGACCAGAUGGAAAAGGAGAAAGCCAUUGCCAAGGCUCUGGAAGACCUGAGAGCCAAUUUCUACUGUGAGCUAUGUGACAAGCAGUACACCAAACACCAGGAAUUUGACAACCACAUUAACUCGUAUGACCACGCUCACAAGCAGAGGCUAAAAGAGCUGAAGCAGCGAGAGUUUGCUCGUAAUGUGUCAUCUCGCUCCAGAAAAGAUGGAAAGAAGCAAGAAAAGAUGCUGCGCCGAUUGCAUGAGCUGGCUGAGCAGAGGAAACAGCAGGACCGUACUCCAGGAAGCGGGCCCAUGUUCAAAACUACCACAGUGGCUGUGGAUGGAGAGAAGUCAGAAGAUGGCGACAUGACGCCUGAGAACACUGCUUUGACAGACUGUGUCCUGGAAGGAUCACUGGCAGAUAAAACCGGGGAAUCCUCCCCGAAGCCAGGCCCAACCAUCAGCUUCUCUCUGGGGAAGAACAGCUCCUCCUCGCCAACCCCCAGUGGCGGCUCCAAAGUCAGUGUGUCCUUCUCUUUUGCCAAGAAAGCCCCAGUAAAGCUGGAGACAGCAGCGGCAGUGUUUGCUGAUCAUGGAGAGGAAGCUAUGGAGGAAGAAGAUGGCCAGGAGGGAGAAAAGGCUGGAGGGCAGGAGGAGACAUCUGGCUGCGGUACAGACAGCCCUAAAGCAGGAUCAGGAGGAGGUGAAGGAGGAGACAGUGCUAGUGUGGUGGGGACGGAAGAGGUGCAGCAGCCUGAUGAUGGAGCCUCUCUAGCCUCCACUCUCAACAAACUGAAAAUGAUGAUGAAAAAAGAGGAAGGAUAUGCUGGACAAGAGCCUCAGUACUAUCACUAUAUACCUCCAGCUCACUGCCGGGUAAAGCCUCACUUCCAGUUUUUGCUGUUUAUGAAGGCCAGUGAUCAGUGUACGAGCAAAGACGAGGAAGACGAGGAAGAGGGGCAGGAAGAGAAGAAGGUUGAAGAUAGUUCUGAACAGAAGGAGCCCAAUGUUACAGAGUGCAAGACUGAAAAAGAACGAGAUAAUGACACUUUAUCCCCUGACCCAGAGCCAGCUCCUCCAUCGCCUAAAGUGAAGACGGAGGAUGCCUCUUCAUGCACAGCAGAUGCAGCUCCUGUGGUCCCCACUUCCCCUACACAAAAAGCAGAGAGCACACAGGAAACUCUGGACUCCAGCUCGGGUCCUAAAAUCCCCACAGGUCCCUUCUUCCCAGUUCUGAGCAAAGACGAGAGCACGACCCUGCAGUGGCCCUCUGAGCUCCUCGAAUUCACAAAAGCUCAGCCCUCCCUGUCUUACAGUUGUAAUCCCCUCUACUUUGACUUCAAGCUGUCCCGCAACAAAGGAGCACGUGGUGGGAAAGCAGCAAAGUCCCCUAAGCCUUGUGAAGAGUCUGAGGACAAGGGGCAAGAGACGGCUGCCUCGACAGCUGAAGUAGACAUAGCUACUAAACCUGGGACUAGCACUGACAAAGACAAGCCACUGGUGAAGGGAGAGCCUGGGCAACAAGAAGGUGACGAGCAAAAGCCUGCAGCUGGCAGCAGUGGUGCCAAGAAGAAAAAGAAAAAGAAGAAGCAUAAGAAAUCUGCAAAGCAUUCAAAACGCAAAGGAAAAGACAAGGGAGCAAAAGAAAAUGCAGAGGGCGAGACUGAGGUUACGCAAGAGAAGCCCAAGAAAAAGAAAAAACACAAACGGAAGAAGAGCAAAAACAAAGCUCCAGAUCAAGAUGAGGCACCGGGUGAUGAAAAGGAAAAAGCUAAACCAAAGUCAGAAGAUAAAGCCGUUGCCUCCUCUGUUCAGCCGACAACUGGAGGGGGAGGAGCUACGGGAAACACAGGAGUAGAACUGGGAAAGAGGAAACGUGCCACGAAGGAAGUGCCUUGCAAGUCUGGAGCAGAGGAGGGAGGAGCCGGGAAAGGCACUGACAAGGUCAACUCCUCAGAGGAGCACAGUGGCACCAAGCGACAAAAGACUGACUCCAGUGCACCUCAAAGUGCCUCCUGCUCCACCUCAGCCCAAAAGAGCCCAGGUCCUGGUCGACCUCCCAGCAGCGAGAGUGAAGAAGAGGGUGGCUCUAAUACACAGCGCUCUCGUCAUCACAGGUCAAGUCCUCGGGAACAACGCCGCCACCAUAGUGAGGAAUCAGGGCGGUCUUGCAGUCGUUCUUCAAGACGUGGGGAAAGACGAGGCAGCAGUCGUAGGCGCCAUCGUGGCCAAACCUCCCGUAGUCAUUCAUACUCCAGCAGUUCCGAGCGCUCCUCAGCCGGCAGCAGCGCCUACAGCCACCGUAGCCGCAGCUACUCAGACAGCUACAGCGACUACAGCACAGAGGGUCGCAGGCGGAGACACUCUAAACGUUCGUCAGACUCUGAGUAUGAGAGGAGGGGCAGCCGAGGGCGUAGACGAUCCAGGAGACAUCAGUACUCCUCUUCAUCCUCAGAAGACUCCCGCUCACGUUCACGCAGCUACAGCCGCAGGAAGAGGCACCGGCGGCACCAUCGGAGCAGCUCAAGAAGCUCCAGUAGCUGGAGCCGCAGCACCAGUGCGAGAUCCUGGAGGCGCAGCUACAGCAGAAGCCACAGCUCAGCCAGCCGCUCCUCCAGUUCCACCAAAGGCUCUCCUCGCAGACGAGGCCCCAGGGCUCGAGGGGACACCGACGCACACCGGAGAGACUUCAACCGCUCUUGCAUCUACCGCUCCCAGUCUCCACGUUCAUCUUCAUCACGAGGCCUUAAUCGCAACACCCAUUCAUCCAGCUCACAGUCACUGAGGCCAGGGGGGUCCCGAGAUGCCGGGGAACAGAAAAACACCCUCACUGCGCGCCAGCUGCUGGAGAAGGUUCAGUCUAAAAAAAGCUCUGAUGAUUCUGCCACAGGAACAAAAUCUGGGAUUAAGAUUAAGGACCCACCACAGGGAUACUUUGGUCCCAAACUUCCUCCGACCCUGGGAAACAAAGCCAUGUUGCCGCUUUUUGGUAAGCUGCAGGCAGGGAAGAAACCACUGAUCCCCCUAACCAGACCUGAUGAGGGUGAGAAGUCAGGAGCAGGGAAGUGCUCCGAGGCUGAGGCAGAGGUUAUUCUGGUUGAGCCUAUAAGGGAGUUCCCCCCUCCACCACCACCUCCAGCUCCUCCGGUUCAGAAGGUUGAGGAGGCCCCGCAGAUCACAGUGGUGCAAGAGGAGACACAGCACCCUGCUACAGAAGCCCAGGUGCACCAAGAACCCCGGCCGUUGUUUGAACAGGAGCCUUCCAUGAUGAUGCCCCAGUACCAAGGGGAAUCAGGACAGGACGCUUCUCAGAUCUCCAUGAUGGAGUCCCUCAUGCCAGAAAUGCAGCAGCAGCAGCAGCAGCAGCAGCCUCCAAUGCAUGCCUACCCUGCUUACCCACCACCCAACCUGGAGGAGGAUGGCAUGGAGGCAGAGGAGGAUGGACUGGCUCCUUUAGAGAGUCAGCCCAUUACGUUUACGCCAGAGGAGAUGGAGAAAUACAGCAAGCUGCAACAGGCUGCACAGCAGCACAUCCAGCAGCAGCUUUUGGCCAAGCAGGUAAAGACAUUUCCGUCUGCUGCUGCAGCUGCAGCAGCCGCUGCAGCAGCUGCCAACUUGGCCCCAGCUCCCCCUCCCCCAGCCCUGCAGCAGAUCCACAUCCAGCAGCCCACUGUGUCUGUAGCCUCCGGCACAUCGAUUACCACAGUGCAACACGCCAUCCUGCAGCACCACGCUGCCACUGCUGCAGCCAUGGGCAUCCAUCCAGCACAUGCCCACCACCCACACCCUGCACAUGCCCAGUUGGCCCAGGUACACCACAUUCCCCAGCACCACCUUACCCCCAUCUCCCUGUCUCCUUUGGGCCACUCCCUCGGUCAUUCUCUGGGACACUCACUUGGACAUGCUGGGCUGAUUCCUGCCCACCCAACAGCCUUCCUCUCUGGUCAGCCUAUACAUAUUAUACCAGCUUCUGCACUUCACCACACCCCUUUAGCUCUCCACCAUGUACCACAUACAGCCCUCUACCCCACACUUUUCACACCUCGGCCCUCACAAGCUGCUGCAGCAGCAGCUCUCCAACUUCAUCCACUGUUACACCCAAUUUUCUCAGGACAGGACCUCCAGCACCCACCUAACCAUGGCUCUUGAGUAACGAUACAAGUGAAGGAGUAAAGUCACAGCACCCAACCACUAGAAGAAAGACUUAACCUAACUUGGCUUGGUUUAGGGUUUUAAGAUGAAGUCUUGGCAGCAACAUGCAGGCAGUGAGACAGGAAGCUGUCAAUAAACCAUUUUACCGGUCAACACAGUGCAGAAGUUGUAGCCACAAAGUGGUGCUACUUGUGUUUGGUUCAAAUUUGACACUAACACUUUCUUCUGGUUCACGUGAGAUUUUUUUGUUCAUGUUUUGCCCUGAACAGGGUGUAAAUUUAAAAAGACUUCAAGACACUGGUUUAUAUUCCAUCUUGAGGUAUAUUAACAUCACCCAUUUAUUUUUGAAGGAGAAGUCAGAGAAACCACUGGAGUUUUUUUUUUUCGUUUACCAUGUAGAAAUAUUAUUCUCACAGUUUUCUGCUCAUUUUGGCAGCCAAAGAGAGACGUAUUGGCUGGAGCUAUGAGCUGAUCAUGUUAAGAGGAGUAUGAGGUAGGCAAAUGGCUUCGACUCUGUAAUGUAACCUUCAGAGACAGACUACUUCAUAUUUACUGAUAUUGUUUAUGUUCUCAUAUGACUACUUGCUCUCUAUUGGAUUAUCAAAUAAUUUGUAAUGCAGUAACUUGUACAUAUAUAUCAGUGUGUAAUGUGAAGAAUCCCACCAAUGAUGACCAUAUGAAAUUACAGCUAUGGUGUCCAAAUCGGUAUGACAUAAGAACCCCCUCUCUAAGCGAGGGGGAGAUGUGAUGUAAGGGUUGUAACAUCCCUGAUGCUCUGAGGCAAAGUUCAUGUUCCCUGUGGUGAGGGUGCACCUGAAAAAAAUUGCACUGAAAAUCUGUACAUGGAGAUGGUGCGUUUGCAUCAUGUAACAAUAAGAUUGUAGUAUACUGCAAUAAUUGUAUUUUUCUGUUUUUAAAUUAUUUUCCAAAAUGCUCUUCAAAAGAAGGGUUGUGUUUUGCUUUUGUGUAAUUUUGUAAAUAAAACUGCUGUAGAUUAACCUAUUAACAUUUUAGAGGUUUGGUAUUGGAAAAAAAAACAGAACCAUGAGAUGGAUGGAAGCUGGUCACAUGUAUGUAUUUUAUCACGUUUGUUUCUAAAUUAGCCCAGUUAAGAUGGGCUGGGAUGGUAAAGGAUAGUGGUUUGUCAAACAGUAGCAACUCUGUAUUUUUUAAAAACUUACUGUUUCAGCAAAUAAAAUCUUGAGUUCA